UUCUUCAAUAAAAUCUUGUAGAUUUUUCAGCGGUUUUUGAGCGCGCGCUCAUCGUGGGCUCAAUUCAAACGUUCAAAAGUAGGCAGCCACCUUAACAGUUACGUACCAAUUAUCUAUGAUUAUUCUACGAUAAUGCCUUACAUGGUCCUUUUAAUUCUGUAACUCUUUAAGAGGUACCGAUUCACAGAUGUGGACCGGCAAGUUAUAUGUAAGCAAUAAAUUCAAUGUUUUAACCUUUUGGAUUUUCUCUUAUUUGAUUGUGAAUAAAUGUUUUAUGUCAGGUAUAUGAAGGUCUUGUUUACAUGGACUUCAGUAAGUCUCUGAUGGAUGGGCAGGGCCAUGGUGACUAUAUACAACUUGAUAGCAGUUGUGCUCCUUUUCUUUGGCUUGCUUACCACACUGAUCCAAGUGAUUCUGGGAAAAUCCACAGUAAUGUGAGAAUGAGAUGGAAUCAAGGAGACACUGUGAUCGUAGAAGCUAUGCAGAAAUUUGCUGACCUCACAGACCUUGCGAAAAAUGCUCUGCUUGAAAGAGACUAUGAGAGGUUUUCAGACUUGAUGAAUCAGAACUUUGAUCUUAGAAGAUCCAUUUAUGGGGAUGAAGCACUUGGGCAAACAAACCUCAGAAUGAUAGAACUUGCACGCCAGUUUGGAUCAUCAGCUAAAUUUCCUGGAAGUGGAGGAGCCAUAAUAGGAUAUUGUCACGACCAAAGUCAUCUGGAAGACCUGAAAAGAGCUUUCCAAGCUGAAGGAUUUGUGGUUUUGGAAGUUGUGCCAUUCAUUCCAUCAAGCUGAUGUCAUAUCCAGCUACAAAUAAGUUUUGUCUUCAGACUAAUCAGCUUUGCUUCCCCAAAAAUCUUCAUAAUUUUUCCAAACAAACAGGCAGUACCCUUUUAUUAAUAUUGCUCUUAAAUUACUAUCGCUUAAGGCCAUUAGUUCUGGACAAGUAGUUAACACAUUAGAAUCUUUCUUUGUGUACCAUACAAAGUUAGUAAAUAAAUGGUUAGGCCUUUGCCGUGGCUUGGAUUACCACGUAAAAAUAAUGGCUGUAUAGUCUCACUCAGAGAUAUUAAACAUAGAGGAAGUUUAUUAGCUAAGGGCGAAGUUGGAAACCCUCACCCUCUCUAAAUAACUUUUAUAGUAACAAUUAUCAUUAUUACUAUUACAUAGUUUAUGUAAUUCAAUAGAAUUCAACAAAAGACCUCAACUUAUACAAUAGAACAAAGCUAACAAAGAAUACAAUAGGUUUGCAGUACAUGCAGGACCCCAUUAAUAAUAAUAUUUCUAAGAGUAAAUGGUUUGAACCCAGGUGUUGAAAUUUGGUGUGAAAUGUGAUCGUCUGAGUGAGUGUAGUCUUGAGAAAGACUGUUGUUGGUGACUGAUGUUUCGAAAACCUGAGCGGAAGUCAUCUUGAGAGUCUAGUGAGAAAAAUAAUGAGACAGUGUUGAUGGUAUUUAUACCUCAAAUAGUAAUUAGUCGGUAUUGUUAUGUAAAUUAAUUUCCUAUGACUAAUUACUGUUUAUAUAAAUGCCAUCAACUGUCUCAUUUUCUCACUGGAAUCUGAUGAUGACUUCCGCUCAGGUUGUCAAAACCUCAGUCACCACCAACGACAGUCUUUCUCAAGACUAUACACUCACCCAGACGAUAACAUUUCUGUAGUUAGUGUCUAUACAAAUUAUGAAUUAGUUUUAAAAUUUAUGAAUAAUAUAUUUGUACAUAUAAAUGAUGAAAUUAUUGAGACCAAUAAAAUGAGUAAGCCUUGCAAUAAAGUACCUGAAAAUGUACUUGCCAACCAAGGGUUUGCUGCAAUAUAAUUUCA